CCAACAUUACCCGCUAAUGCUUGUCAGGACAUAGUCUUGAAUGAUGUGAGCAAGGUGGAGAAAGUCGGAAACAUGUUGCGUAGAAGAAGCCCAGCGAACUGUCCAGCUAAAUACCCCUCGAUGCGCAUUCGGUCACUUAUUCUGUGUUGACCUGAAAUCCUCCCGCCCAUCGCACUUGGACCGCCGUACAAUCGCAACAAACAUGCUCAAACAUACACUCACCUCUCUGGCCCUCUUCGCGGCAGGAGCCUUCACGGCCACAACCAGUCCCGGCUACUCAUGGGACAUCCCUUCGACCGUCAGCGGGGACUCACUCUCGUUCGGAGAACAUUACGCGGUGUUAAAUCUCGAUCUGAUCGAUAUUGUGGUCUCAUAUGUGAACACUACUACCGCGGGAGCGAGCUGGAUCAAUAACACGGCGCGGUGGAUUGACGCCGUUCACCAGCAGUCGCCCCCACCAUUGAGCAUCUUCACCCGGAUCUACUUCGCCAACACGCAGCGACCCGAAAUCAGCGCCAACGACCCUUUUGCAGAGGCCGUGUCCCUCCUGGGCAACAUCACCGAGUCGAGCCCCGCGGGACAGAUCUACCCUGCUUUCCGGCCUCUGGAUAACUGGGACGUGGUGUUGCAGAAGGUGCGGUACUACGCCGGUGCAGGCAACUCGCUAGAGGAGAUUCUCGCGAGCCAGAAGAUCGACACGGUGAUUCUGUCUGGGAUUCGCACGUCGGGGGUGGUGUUGAACACCGCUCUUCGUCUCUUUGAUCUCAAUUACAAGGUAUAUGUUAUUUCGAACAAUACCAUCGAAACGCCCUCAACCUACGCGUCCCAGAUUCAGCAGACGAUCCUGCAGGGCAUCCUGCCCGCCAAUCCUAUCGACGUCAUCACGAUCGAGCAGGCCAUCGCCGCGUUGAAUCGGUCGGGUCCGGCUGUAUACUAG